AUGUUCCCUCCUGAAUACAUCGCUGCAGUCAAAUUGUCCUUGUUAAACGAACCGAUAUAUCAUGGGAAGCUAACGCCAGAAGCAGUUCGUGCGAAGCUGCAGAAAACCGGAGAUUUCUUAGUGCAGGAUGGUGAAGACGGUAAUUCUCUACUGCUGUCUGUUCUCGAGAAUGGCGUUCGUGACUUCUUAAUUACCAUUGAAAAGACGAAGGAAGGACAUCGAUUUCUGGUCGGCAAACUGAGCUUCCGAUCACUUCAAGAACUAAUGUUCACGAUGAAAUCGCUGCAGUGCGGCUCUGAAACGAUAAAGCUGGAGGCAGCCAUAUAUCGAACGGACGACUGCGGCAGAUUCGGGGCCCAUUGUUUCGUAGAAGAACCACCUCGUACAACAAUGAGAACCAUGAUUCCACUGCCCACAGUUAAGUACAAAUCAGCAGUGGUUAUGGUGAAGGAAGAAAUAAUCCACAACGGAAUCGAAGAAGAACUCGAAGCGCUGAUGUUGCUGAAGCACAGGCAUCUCAUCCAGCUCGAGGACUUUGCUACGUAUCAAUACGGUCCUGUGAUUUUACGAUACCAAAACCACGACGACAUUCCUCUCUACGAUAUUAUGAGAAAAAAGGAAGACAUUCAGACAGCGACAGUACUCAAGUGGAUCCAUCAGGCUGCUACUCUGGCUUUCUACUUGGCUCAAAAAGACUGCUUCUGUUCAAUUCUGUGUGCACAGGACUGUUACUUGGACGCUGGAGGGGACUUGAAAUUCCGAGGGGCAUGGAAUAACUCAUGGCCAAGCUGGCAGGAAGAUACACUUAGGCACAGUUUCUACUGGAGAUUUGUUGCUCCGGAAUCUCUUCUCCUCCAGACUAACAGCGUUUCGAGUGUAGUUUGGAACUUAGGUGUAUUUAUGUGGCAACUCACGGUCAACUGUCUCCUCAUGCCUUUCUUCCAGUACCAAUCACGGAAUUCAUACCUUGAAGGACUCUGUUCUGGAAAUCUUACCUUGUUGGAUCAUGAGCAAAACAUCGACGUCGUGGAUUUGGAAUUGCUGAAAAGAGGUAUAAAAGUGCCCGAAUCAGUUGAGUCCAUGAUUUCUGAGUGUGUGGCACUCCAACCAGACGAACGUUGCUUGUGGUCGACCAUCCUCAACACAACGAUGAGAGAAAGGGCGGUGACCACUAUAGGAGGGGCAGUUAAACAAAUCUUUCCCUUCGUGUGA